AUGUACAGUGUGGAGGACCUCCUCAUUUCGCACGGAUAUAAAUUGCCCAAGAGCGGCCCUCCAUCUGCCACGCCUUAUGACAAGCGCCCUGCCGAUUGCCAGCGCGAACUUGUGGACAACAGGGCCGGCCGAGGGACACUGAAUGGGUAUGAGGCUGACCGGGGGGCAUCUAUGACAGGCAUCUACGGCAGCAGGCAGGCACUGGUGAAGGGCUACCCCGCCACAGACAACGAGAGUGGGGAAAGGAACCAAAGGAGAAAAGAAGCCGGCAUUGGUAUCCUAGGUGAUGCUCAGCCCUUGGGUGAUUCUCUUGCCACAGAUAGUGGGUUCUACGAUGUUCCUAGUUUGACUUAUUCAGAGCCACUGAGCCAUGACGAAAGGGAUGUUUCCUACUGGCGGAGGCGAGGCCAGGACUUCAGCAUCCUCCUGGACUAUGCUGAUGGAAGGGAGCUGAGGGCCUCUGCUGGUGCAUGGAGGCCACAGGCCCUGAUCGCUGCAGAGGAACACAGGGCAGAGAGGCGAGCGCAGCAGCUAUGGGAGGACAUUUCCUGGCUAAGGGACCCAGAUGCAGCCCCUGGUCAGCUAAGGGUAACUGGGGAGAGGAAGUGCCAGAGCCUUGGUACAGAGGAGUGGAGGCCUGCUGUGGGCCUGGGAAGGCAGCUGUCGGAUGGAGACGGGGACAGGUGGGCUCAGGAUCAGUAUCGCUUGAGGACACCUGAGGGUUUUUUUCAUCCAAGAACUAAAGCAAAGUCUCAGUCUCUCCCCAGAGUUUUGUCACCUGAUGGAAUUGACAGCAGAGAGCUCAUUCCAUCCAGGCCUAGCCUACCUGAUAGACAACAGAGGAUAAACAGCACUGUCUUCUCUGGGCCCUAUAGUAGGUAUAUCUAUAGUGGUGCUGUUGGCAGAGAACGCUGGGGUAGGAAUGCCGGGCCAAGCAGCCAUGUUGCACUUUUACCAAAGCCCAGGUUCAGCAGGCCUUUAAAGCCUCCAUCAUAUGAGAUUCACCAGCAGACUAGGGGUAGCGCAGAAAUGCUUGCUAUAGACCAGGGUGCCAAACAAAAAGACAGGCCUAUCUAUUAUCCAAGGGGUGGGGAGCUGAGACAAGACUAUUUCGCACAACACUCUGCCAUCUCUGGAAUGGAGCCCCCUGGCUACAUCCCACCCCCAUCUUAUAAAAGAGCCCCACCCCCAAGAGCAGUUUCAAUCAACCGCAAUGAAAUGGCAAACCUAAGAUGGAGGGCAGAAGCUCUGCAAAUGCACAGCUCAGAUCCUGGUAGGUGGUUUUCCAGACAGACAAGUGGUUCAUGGCUGGAGCAUUAUGGAGAUCGUGGCGCAUCCUAUCGAAAACAGGUGCAUUCUGGACAUGAAGAACAACCAGGUCAUGCCCGUCAAUUACCCACAGAAGAACCUAGAGUGAAGCAAAUCUCAGGAGGGCCUGGCGGAAAUUCUCUCACUGACUCAGACAAGAUCCGUAACAUCAACAAAGAGAUUCCAUCCGCUAAGAUUUUAGGACAAUCUACACAUGAUAGUGCCUUUCCUCCCCAACAGGGGCCAGCUCUCAAUACUGACGGCCGCAAAACAGCUCUCAAUGACAACGACAGUAGUAAUCGAUGGUGCAAUAGAGGAAUAAACAAAAAAAGUGACAGUGUAGCUCCGGAACAAAAUCGUAGUCAGUUUUUUCCUUCAUCUAUUCUGGGUAAACCACCACCUCCCCCAUGCAAGCCGGCUGACCAGGGUGUCUCUGAAACUGUUACAGAAGUAAAAAAGGUGGAGCAACCCGAUCCACCAGAGAAAGACAAAUCCAAGAAUCUAAAAAAGAGACUUAGUGAGACAAUUUUUUGUUUGGUGUCUGUCCCUGUUACCCCGCAGCUCAGUGGGACAAUCCGUGAUCAGAAUAACAACAAUGAGAAGUCACCAGACCCAGCAGACAGUCCAAGUGACAAUAAAACUGGCCACUUAACAAACCAAAGUCUCCAAAGCACAUCUUCAGCUGAAGCUGAGCUGCAAGCACUUACUGGUAGCAUAGCGAGCAGCAAAACAAGCAGUAGAGCAAGCAGCAAAAUGUUUAAAAAAGUACCCUGUAGACCCCCUAAGAUAAACCAUUACAAGGAGCUGAAGCUGUCGGGAUCCUGGCCUGCAAACCAGUAUCGAGACCAGGAGACACAAACUAGCCCAGAGGCCCGAAAACCUGCCCCUGAAAACAAGGAAGCACAACAAGAACCUGCCCCUCCCGGCACUGAAGUCCCUCCUGACAGCAGCGGUGUAGUGGGCACUGCCUUUAGUUUUCCUAUAAAGGGAGUGAAGAGCCUGAAACUGUCAAGCAACAGCGCCUUCUCCCUGACAGCCACCUUCUCCAACCAGCUGAACAAGAGCACAGCUCAGCAGCCAGCAGUACCAUCCUCAGGAAAUGUGGAGGAGACCAAACCAGCAGCAAACAGUGGGCAGGAAGGAUUUGAACAGUUGUUACUGAAACCAGCCAGCCAGCGACCAUGGGAUGCUGUCAAAGAGCUGGAGACCAUCAAAAAAGAAGUCCAGGAUCAACAGCAGCAGCAGAGCAGCAAACAGCCCAGUGUUGACAAGUGCAUAGAGGACCUCAACGAGGCCUACAAAGACAUCCUGGAGCUAGGCACUGCCAGCAAUAAAGUCCCAAAUGGUUCAGUACAAAUCCCUGAGCGUAUUAAAAUCCGAUUAUCAUCAGAACCUCUCAACAAGCCCAGCAGCCUUAGGCGCAGUGCAGUAAGCUGGUCUGUUGACCCAGAAUACAGGGAAGUAAAGAGCGCCUUCUCCAGGCCUGCAACAAAGUCAGUAACCUUCAGCAAGCAGCUUAGGGAGGAACUCCCCGUCCCACCUCGGGAGACAGGCUUCAGAGAAUACAGGGUUGUUGCGCAUCUUUCGCGCAGACGGAGCAAUGAUGGCAGGACUGUAAAGCUAGACCUGCCAGAUGAGCCUAUUGAGACACCACUUUGUGACUUCAGUCCAACAAUGCACACCACAGCAGCUGAGGUGCCGUGGGCAGAUAGACAGCCCAUGCAGGAUGCCUCUACACUCACUAGUCCUCCGGAUUAUGAGGACAUAUGCCAGGCUUUGCGUCAGUCUAGAGACCCGAUGGAUGUCAAUAAAGCGUCCACAGGCAAUUCCAAACCUAAUGACGCAGAGCCUCUUCAAGAUCUCAGUGUUGAAUCAGAGGAGGAAUGCCCUAUUUGUAAAAGAGAGCUUGAGAAUCAGAUGAGACAGGGCCCAUUGCCUCCACUUCAUGAGGAGAACAGCUCAGACAGCUCAGCCAAUCAAAAUGGCAGUCCACCACAGUGUGCUGCCUUAGAAAGUCCAGCAGAAGAUACAAAAACAGAGGAGCCAAAUGACUCAAGUUUGAAUAAGUCAGGGUCAGACCUGUGUGCUGAAACAAAGGAGCAGCAUUCAUUGACACAGGAAAAUGUCGGAGAGUGUGAAAAAACAGAGAGUGCUCAGGCAGAAAACUUGGACAAUUCGUGUGCAGUUAAUCUCACUGAGAGUAUACCAGUGAAUGGAACUACAGAGGAGAGCGCAUCCACAAUAUUAGCAAAUGAUGUGCCUGCAGACCCCCAAGUCACAGAGGAACAGAGAGUUAGUGAAACAGUAACUAAGGAAGUAGAAGAAGCAGAGAAGGAAGCCAUUAUAGGAGAAACACCUGAAGGCAGUGCAGACAAACAGUCAGCUGAAAUGAAAAGUGAUUGUGAGAGACAAGACAAUGCAAUGCCUGAUGACAAGCAGGAGCAAGAGAAGAAGCCAUUUGCUGUCCCAGAUCAUAGACUUGGUCUACGGACUCAUCUGGGGCGAGACCACCCAGGGUUACCAGAGUUUCCGCCAGAUAGACUGCCACUUUCUGUUCCCCCAAACCUAGACCGCAGGCUGUCUCUUAGCUUCGAGGGGGAGAGGAGGAGCAGGGGCCCGUCCCACCGAAUCGAAGCAUUGCAGAACAAGCUGGCUGUUUCUCCAGGUCGGGUGGCAGUUGAGCGUCUGGCCCGGAUGAGGGAGGUGGACGUUAUGUAUCGUAUGAGGCGCCUCAGCAUCAGGAGUACUGACUCUGGGGAAGGGGAGGCAGAGGCAGAGGUAGAGGGGGAGGGGGAGGGCAAGGACGAACAAGCGGAGGAGACCCGACCUGCUCCUCAGAGACAAGAGGAUCAAGAGGUCACCCAUUCACAGCAGGUCUCCGAGGAGACAGUGUUACAAAAUGAGGAGGAGUCAUCUCUCUCAGAAUCCCAUGAUCCCAGCCGAGUGGAGACAUUGUAG